CGUCGUUCGGACUUGGUCUUUCUUGGUUUUAUUAAGCCUUGCCCAGACACAGCACAGGCCUCCACAUUGGUCGAAUCAGGCACGCCGAGGAUCUACCGGUUUGAUGGAGCUGGGCGCGCGGCCAUGUCUCGGCGCAGAUAAAUAGAUGCCGAAAAGUGUCGUUCGAUACCAGGAGCUCUAACUUUCCCCAGAUAAACUAACUUUCUACUGUGGAUUCAGACGUUUAUGACGGCGGCUGUGGCCCACCAAUCCAUUUGCGGGGGAACGGAUAACAAUACAGAGUCGAACACAGAGUUCUCCGCGGAGGACAUGGAAGAUUCCGCGUCCAUACUUCCUCCCACUUUCCCACUUUUCCACGUGGAAUUACAUUGAGAUGCAUUGUGGGGAAGACUGUGGAGAUGGCUGUGGUCCAUUGAUUGUGAGGGGUUGACGUGGGGAAACGGCGAUGAAGCAUGCGGGGACUCCACCUUUUGGCCGUAAACUGUCCUGGUCCCCGGCUUUCGACAUGGUUAUCAUAUUAGCUCCGGUCCUAUGCUACAAAACGCGGUAGAUGAGCCAUAAAAGGAGCUCUUGGAACCUGCGAUAGUUCACCCAUCACACAUAUCUCAUGCUGUUCUACAGUCCUUUUAUUCUUUCUAAAAGGCUGUAGCUUCCCACGGCUUGCGUCAUAACCCCUUAGGACAAUUCCUACAGUUUGCUACCCGGAGAUCCCGUGAGAACCUCAAUCGAGGCAAUUGCCAGUGUUUUGUUUGUAUUUUAAGCUUCUUUUGAACUGCGAGUCAUGGCGAUCUCAACAGACGAAAAAGGUCUCAGCCAAGCCCUUGCUGGACUGCCCAGUAAUGGCAACAACGGCCCAGGGAAACCCAGCGCAGAGCAUAGCGAGGACAUAGAACUUACGGGAGAGAGCGGCGCCUAUGUGCAUCCCAAAACUACUGAUGCACUUUCCCCAGAACAUCGAGAAUACCUGAUGCAGCGCCAUGGCACCUUGGAGCUUGACCCAGUUCCAGGAAUGGGAGAUGCAGACCCCUAUAACUGGACCUCGUCGAAGAAAGUUAUCAAUCUCAUUCUCGUUGCGUUCCACGCUUGCAUGUCGACCUUCAUUGCGGCUUCCAUUAUUCCUGCCUAUCAAACCAUGGCAAAGGAUUUAGGCAGGCCGCUCCAGGACAUCACAUACCUCACGUCUCUCCAGAUCGCCAUUCUAGGAGUAGCCCCGCUUAUCUGGAAGCCAAUCUCGCAUCGUUAUGGACGCCGCCCCGUCUUCCUGCUCUCUCUCAUCUGCAGUUUGGUAGGCAAUAUCGGCUGCGCAGAGAGCCCAGGCUAUAACUCGAUGUCCGUAUGCAGAGCCAUCGUUGCAUUCUUCAUCAGCCCUCCGGCAGCCAUCGGCAGCGCCGUUGUCACGGAGACAUUCUUUAAGAAGGAACGUGCCCGGUACAUGGGAAUCUGGACUCUGCUGGUCACCAUCGGUGUGCCUCUCUCACCCUUCAUAUUCGGCUUCGUCGCCGAGCGCGUUGGCUACAGAUGGAUCUACUGGAUCCUCGCAAUUAUCAACGGCGUCCAAUUCAUCCUCUACCUCUUUCUCGGCCCUGAAACCCGCUACAUUCGCAACGGUGUCACGCAUCACGGCUCGGACUUCAAGCAAGAAUACCUCCAGUUCAGCCGCAUCGAUCCCUCCCCCAUCAGCGCCUACGAGUUCAUCCAGCCCCUCUUCCUCAGCCGAAAGCUCUGCAUCCUCCUCCCUGCCAUCGCCUACGCCAUGACCUUCCUCUUCUGCAGCGUCCUCGUCACUGUCGAGCUACCCCAGCUCUUCGGUGAGAAAUUCCACUUCAACGACCAACAGCUCGGCCUUCAAUUCCUGGGCCUCAUCAUUGGUUCUGUUAUUGGUGAACAGCUCGGUGGCAUUCUAUCAGAUACCUGGAUGAACCGCCGCGCGAAGAAGAUUGGUCGCGCGCCAGCACCGGAGUUCAGAUUGUGGCUUAGCUACCCGGGAUUUAUGCUCGGUAUCAUCGGGAUAAUAGUUUUCUUGGUUCGCACCGCGCAGGCGCCGGAACUCCAGUGGGAUAUCACUCCUGUCAUCGGGAUUGCAUUUGCCGGUGGCGGGAAUCAGAUCAUUACCACCGUGCUCAUCACCUAUGCCGUUGACUGCCAUCCACAGGAGUCAGCUAGCAUUGGCGUGUUUAUCACAUUUGUGCGCCAGAUGUGGGGGUUUAUUGGGCCGUUCUGGUUCCCUGCUAUGUUCGAAAACGUCGGCGUAGCUGCCAGCGCUGGUGUUGCCGUGGCGCUUAUUGUGGGCGUGAGCAUAUUUCCCACAGCAGUGGUUCAUUGGCGCGGUCCUUCAUUUAGGAAGAUCAGACAAGAGGAAGAUAUUGAGCCACAGGGAAUAGAGACCUCAAAGGCUUAAUGGUGGCGAGUAUAGUUAGUGCUUGUGCCUCGGCGAACCAUGUCGCUUGGUCGCUUGCUUAUUUUACCUCUAUAUGUGCAAUAUCUCAGCCGACUGUAGGCACAGUUUUUCUUUGAUUAAGGAUGUUUGCUAUUAUUUUGAAGCAACUCUCAUGUUCUUCUUGGCUCGGAUACCCUGCAUUUUGGAAGACAAUAACUUGGUCCAUGAUUAGUUUGUAAGGCUAGUAGUCGAUGCCUCAGACCUAUUUUUUAUAUAGCACUGUGUGGCAAGUUUAAUAAAGUUAUGUAACUUA